AUAUCUAUAUAGGAAGCUAAUUAUAACUCGUUGCAGUAAUUCACUGCGUUGUUUGUUUGAGCGUUAUCAUCAAAGUUAUUUCAAGAUGAAGUGGGUUUACAAAGAAGAACACAAUUUUGAGAAGAGACGAAGUGAAGGGGAAAAAAUAAGAAAGAAGUAUCCUGAUAGAGUUCCUGUAAUUGUAGAAAAGGCAGAAAAAUCAAAGAUUGGAGAUUUGGAUAAAAAGAAAUAUCUUGUUCCAUCAGAUUUAACAGUUGGCCAAUUCUACUUUCUCAUUCGCAAACGAGUCCAUCUAAGGCCCGAAGAUGCUCUGUUUUUCUUUGUUAAUAAUGUGAUUCCACCAACCAGCACGACCAUGGGACAACUGUACCAGGAACAUCAUGAGGAAGAUUUCUUCCUGUAUGUUGCGUACAGUGAUGAAAGUGUAUAUGGUGCAUAAACAAGCAUUUUUCUGAUGACUAAGAUUUCUGUUCUAAGUUUUUAUCUCUCUUUGUAAUUAUUAUUGUCUUCAUUUUUAUCCAAAUUUUAAGUGGGCGCGUCAGGUGUGUGUCUUUCCUAAAUCCACAGUCCUAAAUUUCUUUGUUUUUAAAUCGCAAUAUAACGAUAAGAAAGUGUAUUUACUGCCAUCCUUUAUUAAAUAGUGAUGAAAUGGUUAUUUUUUUCCAUUUCUCACACUGGACUGGUAACCGCGUGCGAAUUGAUCAAAUUUUCUUUUCUUAUUCUUGAUAUAAAUUUGGAAUCCCAUUCUUGAUAUGUCCGAAGUAAAAUGUGAGCAGUUUUAGAAAAAAAGUAACUUUCCAAGACAUUGUAUAUCUUUCGUUUUCAUCACACACUUGGCCCUAUUAUAUUCAGUCCAACUUUUGAAUGCUUGAUUACAAAAAAAUAUUUUUUUAUUCAUUUGAUAAUAGAUGGUUUGAAUGUUAGAAAGCUAUAUAGCAAUUUGCACCAACGUGCUGCAAUUAACAAACCCUCGAAUAUUGUGACUUUAUAACAGCUCUUUGUAAUUGUCAAUUUACAUUUUAUUAUUUCUCAAUAUGAUAGGUGUGAGCAUUUCUAAUUCUGUUCAUAAUUUGAUUCUGUUACAUACCGACCAUUGAUCGCCCACUUCAUUUUUUUUGCUAUUUUCGCUGCCCUUGUAUAUUAAUGAAACAUUAGAAUUUGUAACAUAUUUUAUUUUGUGAUUUGUAACAUUAAGUUUGAGACUUGUUCUAUGUUUCUAAGUUCUAAUGCUAUUCAUUCUCGUGUUAUUUCAAGAAAAAAUCCCAUAUCAUUCUUUUCCCACUGAGAUAGUCUGUUGUAUAAUUCACAUUAAUAAGCCAAUGCUACAGUCAGACUUGACCAUUCCAGAUCUCCAAUGAAUAAAAUCAUAAAGUCCUUUUAAGUCAUUUCCUUAACACCCUUGACCUGCUGCGGCUUAAUUUUUUUUGAAUUUUACAUGUAUAUUGUCACAAUUCCUCUUCACUUUCCGAAUUUGCCUUGUUUGACACGUUAAGUUUUGAAUUUGUUAGUGAUAUUUCCCCAAAUUUAAGUAUUACCACCGGUCUUUGUUACCUGAACUCAGAUUUUGAAAAUAUCAGCUCUUAAAUAUGGAUCGAAGAAUAAUAAAAAGUAGGAUGGUCAUGCUACUGAGAUAACAUACUGUAAUUAUUAUUGAUAUUUGUAUAAUAUCCCAAAUUGGGGUUUAUAAUCAGUUUUUAAAUAUUGUUGGAUUGUGAAUUGGAUGAUGAUUAAAAUUAGAACAUGUAACUUAGAUUACUGGUAUAGUAUCUUAUUUGAAUUAGAGUUUGACAAAAUAGCGCAUGCUAGUUCUAUAUCUACAUCACUAUUUAAUCAAGACAAGUUUUUAUUGGCAUUUCAAUGACAUGUCCUAUGUCCAUCCAUUCUGCACUUAUCUUAUCUUGGUGAUCUCUUCUGUUCUUUGUGGGCUAUUUCUUUCAAUACAUAGAUGUGUCAAUAUUGUACAUAAA